UUCGCGCGAGACGCUGUCAAUGGGUCGCUAAGCAACAGGUGGUAUCUAUGUCAACAAUAAACAAACUCGGAGAGAAACGCAGCAUGGCGAAUUCACCAGCAGCGGUAACCCCAGACGAGAUGGUAGACGCAGCUUUUUACCUGGAGAAAGUUUCAAUAGCUGGCGAUUCAGAGGAUGGCUAUCAAUACGAAGAGGUCCCAGCAGAUGAUGACUGGAGCCUCACAGAGGGGGACGAUGAUUUGGAAAACACGGUGAAAGCCAUCUCUGAACAAACAGAUAGCACACAGGCAGCAGACCAGAGGGCAGUCUUAGCCAAACAGCCAGUCUCCCACAAACCCGAGGCAGUGGACGAUUUCCUCAGAAACUUCCUCAUAAAAAUGGGCAUGAGCAAAACCCUUGACUGCUUCCAGACAGAGUGGUAUGAGAUGAUACACAGAGGCCUGCUGAACGCGGAGCAGGUAGGGUUUGUCCCUGACGUGUACACAUACAAUCAGCACCUGGAAAACCAGAUUAAAAGCCUGAAAAAAGAACAGGGGACUUACAAGCAGGCCGCUUUGAAAGCUGGGGACGUUCUAGUGAAGCUGCGGAAGGAACGGGAUUUUCAUAGGAUGCAGCACAAGAGGGUGGUGCAGGAAAAGAACAGGCUCAUCGGUGACAUCAAAAGGCUGAAAAAGCACUAUGCCUCCUACGAGCCAGCGCUGAGGCAGCUGCAAGACAAAUAUAAAACUGCUCUGAAGCACAAAAUGCUGACAAGCUUGGAGAGGGACAGAGCCGCGGGGCAGAUCACUGGAUUACAAGCAGCACUGCGUAAUAUACAGCCUGGGCAGCCUCCUCUGAGCACUGCCAUACAAAGACCAUGCAGAGAGGCUAGUGGGGCGCAGGGAGGCUGCAGACAGAAACAGGAGAGCAGGGAGAAGAUGCUGCUGACAGAUUUGGUUGCUCCAUACGAUCAUGCGAAAGACCUAACCAAGCAGACUGUUAACAAGUACCCAGAUGAUUCAGAAUUUCCUGUCGAUACCCGAGUCAACCCCAAUCUUGCCCAGGUCAAAGGCCAAGCCAGUCACGUGACCAGCUCCAGUGGAUACAGGCUGACCAACACCCUGAAGGUGCACGAGCUAGCUGUUAGCAGCCUGGCAGCACACCCUCGUAAGCAGAUCAUAGUGACCACCAGCGAUGACUGCCACUGGAAGAUGUGGUCAGUCCCUAACGGGGACAUCAUAAUGGCUGGAGAAGGGCACAGUGAUUGGCUGUCCAGCUGCUGCUUUCACCCCGCGGGCAAUAAGCUGGCAACUACCAGCGGGGACACCACUGUGAAAAUCUGGGACUUCUCCAAGGGCGAGUGUGUGCUCACGUUUGAGGGGCACACUCACGCAGUUUGGGGCUGCUCCUGGCAUUCCUGUGGUGACUUCCUGGCCUCCUGUUCUAUGGACAACACCAGCAAGAUCUGGGACCUGAACAGCAAGAGAUGCCGCUACACUCUGCGUGGGCAUGCUGACUCGGUUAACAGUGUAGCGUUCCUGCCCUUCUCCAACACUCUGCUCACAAGUUCUGCAGACAAAACCCUCUCACUCUGGGAUGCAAGAACUGGUCUCUGCGCUCAGACAUUUUAUGGACAUCUGCACUCCUGUAACCACGCCACCUUUAACUUGAUGGGCGACACCGUUGUGUCCUGCGACUCCUAUGGGGUAGUGAAGCUUUGGGAUGUGCGGAAGGUGGCGGCAAUGUUAACCGUUGACACAGGUCCUCACCCUAGCAAUUGUGCCACCUUUGACCUAUCAGGUCGUCUGGUGGCUAUAGCCAGCAAUGACGGAGCAGUGAAACUCCUGGAUCUUGCAUCUGGGCAGGUCUCAAGUUUAUUGGGACAUGAGGAUGCUGUACAGAGUGUGAUCUACGACUGCAAGGGUGAAUUCCUUCUGUCAGGCAGUUCUGAUGGUACUGUGCAGAUCUGGUCUUGAAAAUAUACUUCGUACCGCUAUAAUAGAAUAGAAUAUGUUCGUUAUAUAUCAGCUUCUGUGUGUGGAUUUGAUGAGGUUUUGCCGAUUUCCUAAUUAAAAAAAAAAAAAAAACCCUGAUAUUAACGUUGUAUAAAGUUUGUAAGCCUAGGAUGCCGUCAAAGGAAACAAUUUUUUAAAAAGUAUAACAUUUUCAAACUUAAAGCUGUCAGUUUGUAGUAAUCACAGCAAUCUGAUAGCUAAAAAUUAAAACAGCAAAUUAGUCGCCGACAAAUGUUACAAUUUUCAAAUUGGUUUAAUUGAUUAUUAACUGUGAUUCAUUUCCCUAAUAUCUCAUGUGUGCCUUAAAAUGAAUUUUAUAUAUAUAUAUAUAUAUUAUAUAUAUAUAUAUAUAAUAUAUAUAUAUAUAUAUAUAUAUAUAUAUAUAUAGGUUUGCUUUCCAGCAGUCUAAUCCUAGGUGUAGGAUUAGGUUAGGAAUAUGUAAUCUGUGAGGUGAAGGGUGUGUGAUAAUAGUAUCAUUUAGAAAAUGUGAAGGGCAGUUUUCAUUCAUUUGGUAUCUUCGUGUAUAAUUGUACCAUCUUAAGUUUUCUAUCUAUGUAUCUUUUUUAUAGUGCAUACAGGGCAACACAAACUCUGCUAUAAGUCAUUAAAUCACAUCCAAGUGAAUGCGCAAGUCUCUCAACAUGAUGACUGUACAUGCAUAGCAAAAAAUGCUUACAUAUGGAACAUUGUAACACCCUGAAGAUACAGGGCCCCACAUUCAGCAAGAUCGGGUCCACAGCAGCAAUAGACACCCGCUCACCAAUAUUACCUUAACAGCACAUCAGCUGAAAAAACACCAUACCAGAAAGCAGGAAGUACCAUUUAAAUAAAACCUGCUGAAACUCAGCUCACUCAUCCCAGUGCCAGUUUGCAAAAUUGGACCACUAGAUGGCACCAGCUAAGUUGAAUGCUGUGCAUCUUACCAUCUCCAACGGUGACAACUGCAGCAUAGCAGUGUACAGGUCUGGAUUCUGGAACAUACAGUACUUGACCAGUGCUGGCUGUCACCAGUAGUUUAGAAUGUGCAACGGAAAUAUGCUGAAGGGAAAGAGAAAUCUGAUUGUUGGUGGUACAGAUAUCGAAAUGCAAACUGAUGAAGGAGAUUCUUAAUUACUUGAAUGGAGCAGGUGGGAGGGAUCUCUAAGCUGUCUAUUAAAAAAUGUUUUUCUGUGACGUCAGAUUUUCCCAGCUGCAAAGUCAGUGGUAAGUGUUGCCUGUAGCUAUAAUCUGAGAGACUAUGACGGCUGCCGCUCUCGCUUGUUAGAACUCGUCCUCAUUUUGUGCACCGGCUCAUCACGAAUGCUUGCGUCAAACUGCAGCGUGUGAUUGGUGUAAAGUGAGAGGCCUCUCUGCUUCAAUCAACAAGGAGCAAAGGCAGAAACAUGUACUUACAUUAUGGGUGAGUCUAGUUCCCACAAGAGGAAAGGACCCAGGGGAGGCGACGAGGGUGGGGUUACCAACUGAGGGACUGCUGCGAUACCAACAAUUUAUGUAAAAUG